CACUGGCUGAAUGGAUUUGGGUGGAGGGUGAGAGCUAGUGACGUCCGAACCGAGCAUCAGUCUGCAUUUAAGAUUUAUUUUCCAAACCGACUCCACCUGUUCCACAAAAAUAUCGGUCCUGAACCGACACAUCUGUUUUUAAGCGUCUGUCUAAAUCUGGAGAUGGAUUUAUAUGGGAAGAUGGCUGCCACUCAAGAUGUCAAACAGAAAGAUAACUCGGAUCAAAACUUUGACUACAUGUUCAAACUGUUAAUCAUUGGGAACAGCAGUGUUGGUAAAACGUCAUUCCUGUUUCGCUAUGCCGAUGACUCCUUUACAUCAGCUUUCGUCAGCACCGUGGGGAUCGACUUCAGGGUCAAAACCGUGUAUAGGAAUGACAAGAGCAUCAAACUGCAGAUCUGGGACACAGCAGGCCAGGAGCGCUACAGGACCAUCACUACAGCUUACUAUCGUGGAGCCAUGGGGUUCAUCCUCAUGUAUGAUAUCACUAAUGAGGAAUCCUUUGCCGCUGUGCAAGACUGGUCAACUCAGAUUAAGACUUACUCAUGGGACAAUGCGCAGGUGAUCCUAGUUGGAAACAAAUGUGACAUGGAGGAGGAGAGGAUAGUAUCUGUGGACAGUGGAAGACUCCUGGCAGAGCAGCUGGGUUUUGAGUUCUUUGAGACAAGUGCGAAGGACAACAUUAACGUCAAGCAGACCUUUGAGUGCCUGGUGGACGUUAUCUGUGAAAAAAUGGCCGACAGCAUUGAGAACAACCCUGCUGAAACCACCGGAACACCUACAACCAAACUCAACGACAACGCUGUACCGCCCCAGCAGUCUGAGUGCAGCUGCUAGUGAUGCCUACGCAGGCCGUGUCUCUGUGCGUAUGUGCGUGCGUGUGAGAGAGAGAGAGAUUUCUGUGCUGUUGCCAAUCUUUCAAAGACAAAAAUACAUCACCAAACUCCAAGGCCAAACUGUAGGCUUGCUAAAAACUUUGCAGAAUUGUAGGGAAAAAAAAGGAACGGCUUUCUAGUCUUAUCUAUAAUUAGACUAAGAUCAACAAUGCAGAACUCUCAGUUUAGAUUACUAUUGCUGAAAAAAAGUCAAGGAUAUGUUGAUGUUGUGCCAAAAUAUCAGUGUCAGAGGUCCCCUGUGUAAUGAGAUCACGAAGUUUAGAUCAGCGCAUUAGAUCUCCUGAACUGUGCAACAUGCUGUCUGUGUCAUUUAAGAUGAGAGAAGAAAAAAAAAAAGCCAUGAACUGAAAUAGCAGCUGUGCUCAUUCCCACUCGCCUCAGGGGAAUUAUUUGUGUGUUGCUUUCUUUCUACCUAAUGUACAUACAUAUAUAAUUGGUAAGCUUUUGUUAUAUCCUAACUAACAAGUGUUUUGUUGAU